UCUCAGCUGCGCUUCUUCGCAGAUGUGGGCGCCCUCGGGGCAGAGCCUGAGUCAGGAUGGGGCGGGGUUCUACUCAGACCGCCUCGCCUUCAAACCAGCUGGGCCUGCGCGGCGCAGCGGGACAAGUGCCUAUUGGGGCUGCUUCCCUGACAAAUGAAAAAGUAAUGCUUUGAACCAAGAGUGAAACUGAACUAUCUAAGGAAAACACUGUGAGCAAACACCAAGGGCUGAGGGAAACCAUCUAAUCAGAGCAGCUCCCCGGGAGCACAGCAGGACGAAGGCGGCAGCUGGGCGGGAGGACGGCGACCCAGGCCAUGUCCGCCACCACAUGGCAAGUGGUGGGCUUCCUGCUGUCCAUCCUGGGCCUGGCCGGCUGCAUCGCCGCCACGACGAUGGACACGUGGAGCACCCAGGACCUGUACGACAACCCCGUCACCGCCGUGUUCCAGUACGAAGGGCUCUGGCGCAGCUGCGUGCAGCAGAGCUCCGGCUUCACCCAGUGCCGGCCCUACUUCACCAUCCUGAGCCUGCCAGCCAUGCUGCAGGCAGUGCGAGCCCUGAUGAUUGUGGGAAUCAUCCUGAGUGUCAUCGGCCUCCUGGUGGCCAUCUUUGCCCUAAAGUGCAUCCGCAUUGGCAACAUGGAUGACUCUGCCAAAGCCAAAAUGACACUUACCUCCGGGAUCAUGUUCAUCAUCUCAGGUCUCUGUGCAAUCGCUGGAGUGUCCGUGUUUGCCAACAUGCUGGUUACUAACUUCUGGAUGUCCACAGCUAACAUGUACACCAGCAUGGGUGGGAUGGUGCAAACCGUCCAGACCAGGUACACCUUUGGCGCGGCUCUGUUUGUUGGCUGGGUCGCUGGAGGCCUCACGCUAAUUGGGGGCGUGCUGAUGUGCAUUGCUUGCCGGGGCCUGGCGCCCGAGGAAACCAACUACAAAGCCGUCUCUUAUCACACCUCGGGCCACAAUGUUGCCUACAGGCCUGGAGGCUUCAAAGCCAGCACUGGCUUUGAGUCCAACACCAAAAACAAGAAGAUAUACGAUGGGGGUGCCCGCACAGAAGAUGAGGGACAAUCUCAUCCUUCCAAGUACGACUACGUGUAGCCCUCCAAGACACCUCGGCAGGAGCAGAAAUCCCCCAGCUAGAGCUCACCCCAAAAGGACAUUUUACCUUAAUUUCCCAUUGCUUUUGACUCACAGCUGGAAGUUAGAAAGCCUUGGUUUCACCUGUGGUGAGGCCAGAUGGUCUUGGACACCGGCCUCUCUCUCUAAAUGUUCCAUCACAAAACAGCUGAGUUAGCAGAUGUGCAUUAGAGGCUAUAGCCCACAUUUUCCGAUCCUCUUAUUUCUUUUUUUUUAACAUAACCUUUUUAAUCUGAUGAUAGAAUGUGGUUUGAAUUCCUAUCAAUCCCUUAGAUAAUUUAGGCAGACUCUCCCUCCUCCUUCUGGCCAAUGGCCCGUUGAUGAUCUAUUUCCCAACUCAACCCCCAGAACAAUUCUGAAAGGAAAAAAACAGUCAAUCAAAAGACAUCAUUUUCUGCUAUUUGAUUUUUGCCCCUUCCCCCCACCCCCACCCUAACUUGGCUACUAAUAAACACUGAUUGAAGGAGAGCUGGUAGGGAAAAAUAUUUAUCAUAUCUGCAGCUCAUUAUCUGAGUUUUCUUACACUAUGAUCUUGAACAUUACUUGGACCAAAGUGAUUUCAGUUUGAGGAAACCAACCUUUUCCACUUCUGCUAACAUCUGCUAAAUUCUAGCUGGACUCCCCACUGCAGGUCCUCUUUCUGUCACAGGCCAGAAACUGUCCCUAGAGGAAGGAGAAAAGAAUUUUUUUCCUUUUUCUUUUUUCUUUUUUGGUAAUCUAAAUAUAUUUGGUAUUCUAAAUAUACUUAGAAUAAAUAAUGUCUUAGUGAAAU